UCUUGCCCAGCAUCCCGCCCCCCAAUGCAAUGCGGCCGCACACACCUCACCCUGCGCUGUCUCUCCUCACUUGCUCCUGCCAAUUCAGCCUGUUUUCUGUCUUGCUUCCAUUUCUUACAGUUUCCUAGCGCUCUGAACACGAAACUUGUAGCAUCUCCUGCCUGACGAGCCUCUUGUCGCAACUCCGCCUGCCUUCCAGACAGCACGUCCGAUUUCCCGCCGCGCCCGACCCGCAUUGGGCCGACGACCGCUCCUCUCGACUGCCAUUGCGGUUUUAAGCCAUGGAGCCGUCGUCAAAAAGGCGAAGGUUGGCUCCCAAGGUUCCGGAAACACCGGCGGUCCCGGGCCUCCCGCCAACAGCACAUCCUCCGGCGCAGCCUCCACCCCAUGCUUAUCCACAGGAUCAGGCACCACCGCCCCAUCAUUACCCGCACGCCGAAGCACCCCCUCGGUUGCACGAGCGCGAUGAGUUUGAGGCUUUUGCUCGGCAUCUCCAGGACGCCGCAAUUCACAUCCAGCAGCAUAUGCUAAAACCCAAGCAUACCGGCGUCUCCGUGUUGAUGUUGCGAUGGGAAGAGGAUACGUCGGUUGAGCCGGAACUCUUGGCUCUGGAGAAGGUGUUCCGCGAGCAAUACCAUUACCACACCGACAGAUGGGCUAUACCGACCGUCCCGAACCCCAGCAUUAAGCUCGGCGUGCAAAUGGCUUCGUUUCUGGAUAACGCCCGGCCAGACCACCUCCUAAUCAUUUAUUAUGCCGGCCAUGGUUAUGUUGGACCAGACAACCAGCUAUACUGGGCCUGUAACACCCGCGAGGAUGCGGCCAAGCUGAAAUGGGAUGGCGUCCGCUGCUUAUUUGAAGACGCCCAGUCCGAGAUUCUGCUCUUGAUUGACUCCUGCGCUGUGCGCGAUGCGCCCUUGGCUGGCAGUCACGGCGUGAAGCAAGCAAUUGCUGCCUACACUCCGGACCAGAGUUCUUUGGACCCUGGGCCGCGCUCCUUCACUGCCUCAUUAGCCGACACUCUCCAGAAACUCAGCAUUUCGGGCCGUCCUUUCACCGUACAGAAGCUCUACGACGACCUACGGCAACAGAGGCAACGAGAAAUCACACAGGCACUUACCAGAUUAGCCAAUGGGGCUGCCAAGUCGAACCCUGUUCCGGAGAGAUCCCCAGCCUUUUUCACGUUGACUCCUGCAAAGGGCCAGGGAAUCGUCUUGGUUCCCCUAGACCCCAAGGGCGCUCAGCUCCAGUCGCCGCCCCAGUCCGCCGACGCCGACCCUCAAAAUGCUUGGAAGCUUAAAGCCGAGGACCGGCCCAUCAGCCCAGAAGAAGUCGUGGACCUGACUCUGGAUGAGCAGAGGGUGCUCGUGUGCACCACUUUCGUCGGUGAUGCCAGCCCCGAUAUGGCUUUCUUCAACCAGUGGCUUCACAACAUGCCGCCCAACGCAUCAAAAAUCACCGUGGAAGGGAUGUUCCUGGGCCCACCGACUAUGCUGCUGAUCUCCAUGCCACUCAAUGUUUGGAACAUCGUCCAGCAUGACAAGGUGUGCUGCGUCCUGGGGCACAUCAGCUCUCACAACAUGAUUCAUCUCUAUCAGCGGCUCGUCAAUUCUCAUACCAGCGGCCUUUCAGGCAUCAAGGAAGUCGAGGGUGACAGCGAAGUCAAGCACGAUGCAUCAAUCCAUCGAAACGAUCUCUCAAACCAUCGUGCUUCAAUGCAGAAGGAUGCCCCGGAACCUCCCGGGCGCCAAGGGAGCCUUGUCCCUCAAACCCCAGCGGUUGAUAUGCAUGCGCCGGUCCCUCGGGCCAGUCCCGGCCGAACUCCUCCGGCCGGGAUCAAAGAUGAGGUGGAAGACUCGGCAGAGAUGAAGGAGGCUGCAGAGCAGCUGAAGGCACUGAGCCAUGUGCGCCACAUGGGCGGUGACGCCCCAGCUUCGCUCGAACAUCAGACGACACGGAUAGGCGAUAGCAUUGCCGUUAGACACGCCGGCGAUCCCGGCUCUCCGCCUGAAGGUAUCGAACACGGGAUCGACGGAAGUGGGUUCAACCUCGGGUACAGCACACCCUCUGCGAAACCGAAGGCAAGGAAGCCGCUUCAGAAGCAGACCCCGAAGCAAGAAGUCCGUUGUGAUCACUGCAGCCAUGCGCCCUUCAAAGACUCGUCGUCAUUGCGUAAGCAUAUCGCGGCCGCUCAUACAAGGCCAUUCCCCUGCGCCUUCUCAUUUGCCGGGUGCAUGAGCACGUUCGGAUCCAAGAAUGAGUGGAAGCGGCACAUUUCCUCGCAACACUUGUGUCUGCGUUUUUACCGGUGUUCGUCAUGUCCGCAGAGCAGUGCCGAUGGCAAAGGCAAUGAAUUCAACCGCAAGGACCUCUUUACACAGCAUCUUCGGCGCAUGCAUGCGCCAUUCGCCAUCAAGAAAGCGACAUCCAAGGGCGACACCAAGCUGCAGGCGGAAUGGGAUGCUCAUGUCAAGGAGAUGCAGAAAUCCUGUCUUGUCACCAGGAGACAGCCGCCUCAACGCUCCGCCUGUCCCAAGCCGGGCUGCCAGAGCGUCUUCGAGGGACCCGGGUCGUGGGACGAGUGGACAGAGCAUGUGGGGCGGCAUAUGGAGAAGGGGGAGGCCAGUCAGAUGAGGGUCGACCAGCUGCUCGCGAAGUGGGCGCUCGACGAAGGCAUCAUCGAGCGUGUGGGCGACGGAGAGUACCGGCUCUGCCCUGGAAACGGUUCGACUGUGAACGACAGGGAUGUGAACAGCAAUAUCAAGGCGCUCUCGGACAGCGGAGGAAAAGCGGAGGAGGACGAUGAUCCUUCCAUUACGGUUGCUAUAUCGAUCCCGGUGGUUGAGAAUAUGGAUGUCGACUGACAGGAAGGGAAGUCUUCAAGGGGUCAUGGGAUGUAGCCAUGGCAUCUUGGGAAAAGCUGGCAUUUGGCAUGGCAUACUAUCGGAUUUCGGUCGGGGAGGGUUAACAAAGGGGCUUUUUGCUUUUGUGUCUAUCUUUUCCGCAAGUACUGGAGCGGGCGGUCAAUUGGGAUUCUGACCAAGCGGUAUACGGAAUGAACGGAGUAUUUUCAACUACUUGUGUUCUUUGGUGAUGCUAAGCAGCUGCCAGUGGUGCUGAGUCUGUGGUGCCUUAGCCCUGUUGGACAGUCACCCCCAUGAUGAUAUAAGGUGUACACCAUCACAAUCCUCACGCCGAGAGUUGAAGCAACCAGUCAAGCAAACAGAAUCAAAGUCAGAAAAGGAAGAACAGUAAAAAAGAAUAGAAGAAGGAGGGGAGGAAGAGGAGGAAGAAGAGGAGGAGGG